GGAUGCCGCGCGGUCCCUGGCGGUGCAGCUCGUGCUGAGCCCAACGCAUCGAGUUGGCGAGAGGUGCGGCUUCAGGAUCUUCCCCGGCCCUGCGUCGUCCUGCUUCAAGAUGAUGAUGCACUUGGUGCACCCGGACAAGUGCACGGACCCCCGCGCUGGAGAGGCCUUCGGUGAGAUGCAGAGCAUGAAGAGCUUGGCGGUCGUCGGUGAUCCAGACGCUACUCGCCAGCGGCCCAUGACUGAGCUGGAGGGGCUUCUGCACCGCGCGCUGUGCAAGAUCCGAGAUCCGGUGGAGACCGCCGCAGAGGUCAGCAAUUUCUGUGACGGCCUUCUCCGUCGGCGCAAGCGCCUUGAGAGAUCUGUGUGCCAGGAAGCCUUGGCGAGGCUCCAGUGGCUCAACCUCAAUGAUGCCAACCCCGAGGAAGCUGAGUCGGUGCGGGAGCUCCAACGCAUCUUUGCCCAGGAGGAGACGGAGGCUAAGGAGCAGACGGAGGCCCAUGAGCCGGCAGAGACGGAGGCCCAUGAGCCGGCCGAAAAGCCGGCUGAGGCCCAGGAGGAGACGGAGGCCCAGGAGGCCCAUGAGCCGGCCGAAAA